UUCGAUAGAGGACUAUUUCGAUAAAUAGAUAAAGUUAGAGGUUAAUUUUGUAAAUAAAUGAUAAAGUCAGAAAAGGAACAUAACAGAUGCGCGAAUAUGCGACCACAUGAGAUGAGUUUCACAUCUUACCAAAGUCUGUGAUAAUUUUUCCGACAGAAGUUUCAUCUGAGAAAAGAUGGCUACAUUUGCACUUCCCUUCUGCGAAAUUCCCGAGGAUCUCCAGCUCCGAAUCUUAUCCCUCCUCACACCAGCGGAGAUCUCCAGCUUCGCCUGCACAUCGAAACGCUUCGCCUCGCUAUGUCAAGAAGACGGCAAAAUCUGGCACGUUAUGUGCGAUCAGAGAUGGGGGAAGAAAACUAAGAUCCAGAAAUGGGCAAACGGUCAAAUCCCUUAUAGACACCUUUACAAGACUCUAAAGGGAUUGGAGAAUCUAAUUGGCUUCUGGCGUCUCUGCGGCAGAGCAAAUCCCGCCGCUUCAUCGCCGCCGCUUGUUUUCUUCGAUUGGGGUUCUUCUUUUAUAUUGGGAUCUAGAGUUUUAUCCACCGGAGAUGAUACUUAUGAGGUAAAGAAGACACCUUUUCUCUUAAUGGGGAUUUCGCCGGAGGGACGAUCUGAGAAUUUCUUGGAUCUCGUCGGUGGUAAUCUCAGAUCUGUGGAUGAUGAUUUGAAAGAAUUAGAAGCUUCUAACAAUCUCGUCUCGGUGGAUGUGAAUUUCAUGGGGAAUGGUCAUAUCAUGGUGGAGGAGAAUCGAUGUUUUACCAACAACAAUCGUAGAGAAGACCAGAGGAGCUCAGGGGAUGAGAGUGAUGAUUUGAUCUCAUCGCCCAAUUUUUCGGAAAUGUACACUCAAUUGGCGAAUAAGACGAGUCCAGGCGGUGACAGGAGGAGACAGAAGAGGAAGGAGAAGGAGAGGCAAGCGUCGAGGACUAAGUGGGAACCAGAACACUUUCUCAAAGUUGCUGAUUGCUCCCCCACGCCUACUAGACCCUUACAAGGCUUAUGGAAGGUCUCAAUUAUAACUCCUUAUCAUAUUGUUUUCAUUGAUAAUGUUUGAGAUUGAGAAAAGCCUUUGUCUUUAAGGGUUUCUGUGAGGGAAGCAUCGAGUUGUAUUUGGUCAAAUAUGAUGAAGUUGGAGGCAUUAUAUGCAGAAAAGUAGAGGACUUGUCCCUCUCACGGUACACUCCUCCUGUGUUCUGGACACCCAAACAUACGUUCAUCAGAUCUCCUUUUUCAGCUGAAGAAGAGCUGCUACUGAAUAGUCGAAUCCAUAUUAGCCCUUUCGCUGAAGUUCAUGAAAAUGUUGUAUCUGGAAUGUUGUACAUGAAGUCUAGCUGCGAUCUGGUGUUGCCAGGAGAACCUGGCAAUGGCAUUGGUUUUCUUAGAGGUGAAGGGCGGGUCUGGUUGUAUGACAAUGGGACUUUCGGUUUCGGGUUUCUUCGAGAUCAAUUUAUCAUUGAUCUGAAACGUGUUGCUCUGGAAGAUGGGUGUCUAGCUGACGAGGUAGAAGCUUGUAUGUGAUUUGCUCUUUGGUUGUGAUUUUUAAAUUCUGAUGGUGAUAGAUGAUCACCUCUUUCUGUACAUAAAAGAGUUUGGUGACUUUAGAAGUUUGAACUUUCAAGUUUAGUCUCAUUUUAGUGGACGUAAACUAGGAUGAUGGAAUAUCACCUUGUAUUUUUACUUGUUUAUGUAGAUAUGGUUCUAAAUAAGAGAUUUGUAGAGGUUCAUGUAUCAAUUGUUGAAAAAGAAUAAUAAACUUGCAUACACUUGCCA